AUGGACAGUAUCUCCCAGGUUAUCCAUGACUGUGAGACAUGCGCUKCCAUCAAGCAAGCCAAGCAGGUGAAGCCCCUGUGGUAUGGAGGAAGGUGGGACAAGUACAAGUAYGGAGAGGCCUGGCAGGUUGAUUACAUCACACUGCCCCAGACCUGUCAUGGCAAGCACUAUGUACUCACAAUGGUAGAAGCCACCACUGGAUGGUUGGAGACCUACCCUGUGCCUCACACCACUGCCCGUAGCACCAUCCUGGGCCUUGAGACACAGGUCCUUUGGAGGCAUGGUACCCCAGAGAGAAUUGAGUCCGACAACAGGCCUCAUUUCAAGAGCAGCCUUAUAAACACCUGGGCUAGGGAACAUGGCAUUGAGUGGGUGCACCAUAUCCCUUACCAUGCACCUGCUGCUGGCAAAGUGGAACAGUGCAACGGUCUCCUGAAAACCCACUUGAAGGCACUGGGCGGGGGUACUUUCAGGAACUGGGAACAGCAUCUAGCAAAGGCUACCUGGAUAGGGGUUUCUYGGGCCUGUAGGAAAAAAAUCAGAGAGGCCAAAGCUCAGUUCGAACUUAACUUGGCAGCUUUUGUAAAGGAUAAGAAAAAAUGUUUUUACAAAUGUAUUAAUGGCAAAAGGAAGGAUARGACUGACCUUUGCUCUCUACUGGAUGUGGGAGGGAACUUAGUAACUGCAGAUGAGGAGAAGGCGGAAGUGUUUAAUGCCUUCUUUGCCUCAUUCUUUAGUGGGGAGAUGGCUUGUCUUCAGGACAGCUGUCCUCCUGGUUUGGUAGAUUGUGUCAGGGAACAGAAUGGUCCCCCUGUUAUCCAAGAAGAGGCAGUUAGGGAACUGCUGAUCUGUUUGGAUAUUCAUAAAUCCAUGGGAGCAGAUGGGAUCCAUCCCAGGGUGAUAAGGGAGCUGGCAGAUGAACUUGUGAAGCUGCUCUCCAUCAUUUACCAACAGUCCURGCUCACAGGUGAGGUUCCAGAUGACUGGAAGCUGGCCAAUGCGAUGCYCAUUCAUAAAAAAGGCAGGAAAGAGGAUCCGGGUAACUAUAGGCCAGUCAGUCUGACCUCAGUACCCAGCCAGGUAAUGGAACAGUUUAUAUUGAGUUCAUUCACRCAGCUCUUGCAGGAUGGCCAGGGUAUCAGAGCCAGCCAGCAUGGAUUUAGGAGGGGUAGGUCAUGCUUGACYAAMMUGGUCUCCUUUUAYGACCAGGURASCCRCCUGGUGGAUGCGGGAAAGRCUGUGGAUGUUGUCUAUUUGGACUUCAGCAAGGCCUUUGACACUGUUUCCCACAGCAUMCUCCUGAAAAAGCUGCCCCACGGCUCGGACAGGAGCACUCUUGGCUGGGUUAAGAACUGGAUGGAUGGCCGGGCCCAGAGAGUGAUGGUGAAUGGUGCUGCAUCCAGCUGGUGUUUAGUCACCAGUGCUGUUCCUCAGGGCUCUGUGCUAGGGUUGGUUCUGUUCAAUAUUUUCAUAGAUGACAUGGAUGAGGGUAUUGUCUUGGUUAGUAAAUUUGCAGACAACACUAAGCUGGGAGCRUGUGCCAAUCUGCUGGAAGGCAAGGCUCUACAGAGAGACUUGGAACAGUUGGAUGGAUGGGCAGAGUCCAAUAAGGUGAGAUUUAAUAAGUUCAAGUGCCGAGUCCUGCAUUUUGACCACAAUAACCCUCUGCAAUGUUAUAGGCUGGGGACAAUGUAGCUGGACAGCAGACAGACAGAAAGAACUGGGGUACUGGUCGACAGCCGAAUGAAUAUGAGCCAGCAGUGUKCCUUGGUGGCCAAAAAGGCCAAUGGCAUCCUGGCCUGUAUCAGGAAUAGUGUGGCCAGCAGGAGCAGGGAGGUUAUUCUUCCCCUGUACUCAGCGCUGUCGAGGCUGCAUCUUGAGUACUGUGUCCAGUUCUGGGCCCCUCAGUUCAGGAAGGAUGUUGAGACACUUGGAGGAGAGCAACAAGGCUGA